CAGGCGAAUCUGCGCUCUUCAAUUGCGAAAUUAGAAUCUCAGAUCUCCGAGACAGAGUCUCAGCUCGCGGAGGCGCGAUCCAGGCUAAAAGAUAAAGAUGAUUCCCGAACCGUUCAACGACAUAUCCGUCUUCUGCAUUCCUAUAACGAGAUCAAGGAUGUUGGACAAGGUCUGAUGGGCUUGAUUGCGGAUGCGCGCGGGGUGAGACAUGUGGAUGUGCAGAGGGAGUUUGGUAUCGGUGAGAAGGAUUAA